CUCUCUCUCUCCCUCUCGGCCUGUGAACUCGGCAUACAUGUUUCCGCUUUAAAAACCGAUAACAGCUACUCAUCUUUUAGCAGAAAAUAGAAAACAAAAAGAAAAGAGAAAAGGGCUCAUCAUGUGACCCAUCAAUUAACCUUUUUUUCCUUACUUUUUCUGGAUACUUACAGGAUCAGGAAGGAGGCCAUCCACAGAUGGCGGCGACCACAUGGGACGGCUACGUCGAUUGGAGGAGCCGGCCAGCCAUCGCCGGCCGCCACGGCGGCAUGCUCGCGGCCCUCUUCGUCUUGGUGGCGGAGGUGCUGGAGAACCUGGCGUACCUGGCGAAUGCGAGCAACCUGGUGAUGUACAUGGCGGAGUACAUGCACGUGUCGCCGUCGAGGGCGGCCAACGACGUGACCAACUUCAUGGGCACGGCCUUCCUCCUCGCCCUCCUCGGCGGCUUCCUCUCCGACGCCUUCUUCACCGCUUAUCGCAUCUACCUGAUAAGCGCAGCCAUUGAAUUCCUGGGCUUGGUCAUACUCACGGUGCAGGCCAAGUCGGCCUCGCUGAAGCCGCCGCCCUGCAACCAGGCCGACCCCACGGCCGUAUGCCAAGAGGUCAGCGGCAGGAAGGCGGCGAUGCUGUUUGCGGGGCUCUACCUGGUGGCGCUUGGGGUUGGGGGGAUAAAGGGCUCACUGCCGUCGCACGGGGCCGAGCAGUUCGACGACACCACGCCGCAGGGGAGGAAGCAGAGGUCCACCUUCUUCAACUACUUCGUGUUCUGCCUCUCCUGCGGUGGCCUGAUUGCUGUCACGUUGGUGAUCUGGGUCGAGGACAACAAGGGCUGGCAAUGGGGGUUCGGGAUCUCGACGCUCGCGAUAUUCCUGUCCAUCCCGGUCUUUCUUGCUGGUACAGCCAUUUACAGGAACAAGAUCCCCUCCGGGAGUCCGCUCACGACUAUUUUCAAGGUUUUGGUUGCUGCUACGCUCAAUCCCUGCAAAUCCAGGAACACAAGCAAUGCCAUUGCAAGCAUGAACACGAGCCCUGCUUAUGCAACAACGCAGACGGCCCAACGCAAACAGGAAGCAUUCGAAGCAGGAGCAGAAGAUGACCAGAAAUCGAAGGAGGCGACACUUCCCUCGAAUGGAAGCUUGAGCUUUCUGAACAGAGCAGUGACAAGCAAGCCUAUCCACCGGUCAUUGGAGUGCAGCGUCCAGCAAGUCGAGGACGUCAAGGUUGUCCUGAAACUCCUCCCCGUCUUCGCAUGCACCAUCAUACUCAACUGCUGCUUGGCCCAGCUCUCCACCUUCUCGGUCCAACAAGCGUCGACCAUGGACACCAAACUGGGCUCCCUCAAGGUCCCGCCGGCCUCCCUUCCGAUCUUCCCCAUCCUCUUCAUCAUGAUCCUCGCCCCGGUCUACGACCACUUCAUCAUCCCCUUCGCGCGGCGGGCCACCAAGACCGAGACGGGCGUAACCCACCUGCAGAGGAUCGGGAUCGGGCUGGCCCUCUCCGUCCUGGCCAUGGCGGUGGCCGCCCUGGUGGAGAUCAAGCGGAAGCGGGUCGCGACCGACUCGGGCCUCCUCGCCUCCCCCGACCCGCUGCCCAUCACCUUCUUCUGGAUCGCGCUCCAGUACCUGUUCCUCGGGUCGGCCGACCUGUUCACCCUGGCGGGGCUGCUGGAGUUCUUCUUCUCGGAGGCCCCGGCCAGCAUGAGGUCCCUGGCAACAUCCCUCUCGUGGGCCUCCCUGGCCAUGGGGUACUACCUGAGCACGGUGAUUGUGUCGAUCGUGAACAGCGCGACGGGCCAUUCCGGGCACCGGCCGUGGCUCAAGGGCGAGAGCUUGAACGGGUACCAUCUGGAGAGGUUCUACUGGCUGAUGUGCGUGCUCAGCGGGCUGAACUUCGUGAACUACCUGUUCUGGGCCAGUAGGUACAAGUACAGGUCCGCAGGGUCUAGCAAGUGAGGCGAAAUUGAUGGAGAUUGUGGUGCUAAGUUUGAGAAAACGAGAACUAUUUCCACUGUAUAUAAUUAUACUUUUAGAGAGAGUUGGGGCUGAUAGGUAAAAUGGUGGAAGUUUGGUUGUGAGAUGAUCCAUGCAUGCAUGGGGGCUUUUCUUGUAAUCGUAGUGAUACUCUCAUUCGAUGAAAGAACGAGGUGAAAAAAGAUAGGAACAGUCAAUUUACUUUGCGCAUCACCGUUUGAUUGA